CGGACUCGGUUCUGACUCGAGGAUACGAACACGUCGUCAAGUGAGAUGGAGCCACCUCCACUAACCAAAGAGCUGCCACGGUGACAGACCAUCCAUGAAAGUCCAACUAACUGGGCUCGUCCUUGCCAUGACUCGUGUGGAUGUCCUCGUGGCCCGACCGCAAUAUUCUGCCAACAUUCCAAACGGCGACAACGUCGACGGGUACCCUGCCUUGGGCCACACAGGCAGUGACGGAGGCGCCCUCAACUCAUUUGGAAAGGGUUACAGUUCGACCGGCCGAUGGUCUCUGUCGCUGUGCAUGCGCGACUCGGACGGAGAUGGACUCACGAACGGCCAAGAGCUGGGUGAUCCGUGCUGUAUUUGGACGAAGGGAGCGAUCCCGAACCAAACUGUGGGUCUUUCAGACCCAGGGCUCGGUACCAGCGCCAGAAACAAAACCGACGCUACCAUCGCAUGUCCUGAAAAGAGCCAUGCGAUGUCGCUCGAAGCGUUCACUCCUCCCUCGCUACUCUUUCUUGUGGGCAUGGCCUUUGUGGGCAUGGCCUUCGUUGAAAUUUAACAUCGCAACCUCGACCGACAGUUCUGGCCCCGUUGUCCUUUGUUCCAUGAUCAGGGAACCCCCAAACCGAAUGGAAACCUUUUUCUACCCCUGUGCGCAACACGAAUGCAUGAAACCAGUGCAUUCCUCGUAAUUUCAUUCAAAUUUCCCAGCUUCGAUGAACAAACCUCUACCUUUGGUCGACUUAA